AUGGCUUCAGCUGCAGAGCCCCAGCUUCUGCGCAGCAGCGACAUCAAGAGCGGCGGAGGAGGAGGCCUGAACGGCGGCGCGUACAGCAGGGAACCGCCAACAAUGCCGACACCACAGCCGCCGCCCUCGCCACCCGCGACCGAGACAGACAUCGAAACCGACUCGGAAGCCCCGAAUGCGCCGCCUGUGCAGCGCGGCCCCGAGGCCAACGACGGCCUGAGACUGCGGAUCGACGACAUGCGCGACGCAAAUACCGCACACGAGCGCACGAGCGACUCGCCAGUGACGUCGCCGGUGACAUCCCCGCCGUACUGGACGCACAACCCCCCGAGCCACGCGCGAACAGUCUCCAGCACGUCGGCCGACUCGAUACCGAGGGGCGGCAUCACGCUCAUGGACAACGAGACGAGCAGCAUUGACGAGCGGGGCAACGCGUGCUGGGCGCGGAGCGUCCAGGUCACGGACUACGUGAUCGUCAAUGGGAGUACGACGAAUAUCGGGGCUUUCGUGGUGUGGAACAUAAGGGUCGAAACGCUGACUGUGAGUACCGCCCUGAUGUCAUCUGCUGGAGGAACGUCGCGGGGAUCCAGGCUAAUGGGAGGUGUGUUCAAGGGGAGCUUCAUGAACAUUCGCAAGCGGUACUCGGAAUUCGACGACUUUCGGUGGCGGCUAAUGCGCACGUUUCCCGGCUUCGAGGCUGCCGUGCCGGGACUGCCGCCGAAGAGCCUGAUAUCGAAGUUUAGACCGCGGUUCCUGGAGAAGCGGAGGAGUGGCAUCCAAUACUUUCUCAACUGUAUACUUUUGAACCCUGAGUUCUCAGGCUCGCCUGUGCUGAAGGAGUUCCUAUUCUCAUGA